AUGAAAAGUCUCGUUGAGAUUCGCUAGUCAAGGUUCCUAAAAUGCGCACCCUGAUGCAUGAUGCAUGAUGCCUGAUGCCUCUAAAGGGUCAUCUGAUCCUAGACUCCCACAGCUGUCAUUACCUUUUCUCCCCACCAUCAUUGCACAUUCCAGGUCAAAGGUACAACUCUGUAAAAAAUUUCCCGAGAUACUUCAGCCAUGCCUUCCGUUAUCGAGCUUUCCCCUUGUACAGGGUGCGAUUGCCCUAAUCACUUUCUCUUAACCUCCCUCUAUCACGAUACAUCCCCUCACUCAAUUGACUACGCUUCUGCCAAAGCCGAUGUUGCGCAUUUGAAAUUUUCCAACGAAGCGCCGACCGAAGAGGAAGCAGACACGCUGAGGACCAUCGUCUCCUCGUGCGAAAGGCGGAUGGAUUGUAUCGACGAGGAGGAAUCAGUGCUGAUGAAAACUAUACUCGAUAUGGAACAGAUCAUCGCCACAUCUAAGCAGAGGAUGCUCGCUCUACGACAAGAACGUCUACAGAUUCCAGCGGAGAUCCUUAUAUGGAAGUCCCUUCUUAGCCCUAUCCGGCAUGUCCCACCCGAGGUAUGGAUACAGAUAUUUCGACAUACUAUCGAACCGUCGAAGUCCCUGCAGGCAGCUUGGGGCACACCCACUACGUUUGCUAACCAUGGUUGGGACUUUCAUCCGCCGGAGGACUCCCUUUGGGCGAUCGAAGGUGUAUGCUCCAAAUGGAGGAACGUGCUGCUUAACUCCCCAAGCGUUUGCUCGAAUUUCGGUGUGAACGCUAAUCGCUACGUCCGGAAGCUUGGACGACGAAUGGAUCGCUCAGGGAAUCAUUCAUUGACAAUUACUAUUUCUACCCCUAAAUCUAGGCUCGUUAUGAUGCUUCAUUCAUUCUCAAGAAGAAUUCAGUAUCUUCGGUUCAAUCUUCCCUCAAGGCUGCUUCAGUCUAUCCCAUCUUUGCAGCUUUCUCUUCCGUCGUUGCAUACACUUUUCCUCCUCUCCACAGACGGAAACGGGAUUGCGCGCCGCUCAGACUCCUUUGCGUUUUGCCCAAGCUUGCGCAAUCUGGCAUGUGUCGAUAUCAUAGAUCCAAAUACUCUCGCAUCCGCCGCUUCUGAUGUAUCAAUUCACAUUCACAUGCUGGAACGACUUGUAAACUUACGGUUCUGCCAGCUCAUUGCGCCGCUUUCCCAUAAUGCCGUAUUUCCUUCCCUUUACCGGAACUAUCGUAGGACAACUAUGGAGCCGCUGACAGUGAUGCCGCAGAUCAUGGACAGGUUAACCUUACCCCAGCUGCUGAAACUCGACAUCGUAUGCCCAUUCCAUUCAGCGGAGUUUGAUAUUACAUUCUCUGCAGCCUGUGGUCUUAUCCAUCGUUCCCUACCCCCGCUCACUCAGCUAUGUUUCAUGCGCGGUUACAUCGAUUCAGCCGAUUUACUGCACAUCAUUCGGACAACUCCCACUCUGGAGGAGCUCAAACUUUCCCAACUGAACAGAGAUGCCAUCACACCAGAAAUCAUUGCCGCGCUCACCUUGAAUCAUUCCGGUGACAUAAACAUGCCACGUUUACACACGAUCAGGCUGAGCAAUGCUGAACAAGUUGGGUUGCCUCAGCUUGUUGAUAUGAUUCGCUCACGGUGGAUUCUUGAGGAAGGGUGUUCAGAUGUGACACGUCUGCGGUCUGUAGAGAUAAUCGGUGACUCUAGUCGUCUCGUGCAUUACACCCGUAUCAAAUACAGCCUCAGGUCAACAUUUGUUGAUAUAGACCAGUGGAUUAGAGAUGGCUUACGCUGUGAAAUCUACGACACGCUCAUUUCAUGUGAUAAUUGGUAGUACUUAAUCACUGUAACUAUGAAAUACUAUUUGCGCGUGGAUGAGCAGUGCAAUAAUAUGGUAAGCCCGGUUUAUACCAGCUUCAGGAGGCGG